GCAAAGUUUUUUUUUAAUUAUUAAAAAAUUGAUUAAAAUCGCUAAGUUGGCUCGAUUACAGUUACCUACUUUACCGAUAUUAGCCAACGUCAGACAAUUUAAACACGCGAACAUAACCCCAGAUUUUAGUGUUGUUGAUACGUCAGCAUUGAAACGACAGGUAGCUAAGUGUGGUUAUUAGGAAAAAAAGUCGGAAACUUAUUCCGAAGAAACGAAAAAGAAAAGGUGUUUUAUAAAAUAAAAUAACCAACCUAUAAUGCGUCAAUCGAAGGGUAAACAAAAGGAAACGAGCAAGGAUAAGAAGCAGAGGAAGAAAGAUUUCGAAGACAUUCAACGCCAAGUUUACACGGUGGUGAUACCAGCGGUAAUUGGAAUUUUGAUAUUCAUUGCUGGGUUCGUCUACAUGAAAACAAGACCACAAAGUUAUAUAAAUGCCUGAUCUAAUAAUUAUAAUCAUAAGAAUGUUAUUUACAAUAAAAAUUUUUUAAAUUGUUA